GGUUGCUUUAUACACGGAUAAGGUUAAGCUAAAUAUAAAACGUCUAUAAAAUUGUAACUUUUUCGCAAGACCGAAUUUUUCGUUUCACUUUUCAGUUUUGGUAGCGGAGUGGUUUUACUUAAUUAAUUAAUUUAUAUUAAUAAUAACGCAGUCUAAAACUGAACUUAUAAAGCCCUAUUCGUUAACAUAAGUCCAAUAGUGGCGUUAUCAUAAAGUAGCUGUGUGAUUUCAACUCACCGGCAUGAUUUUACUCAGAAAUGUCAGAGAUAAAGUAUAAAAAAGAAAUUUUGUCAGCGAUAGACCAUUUGCGUUCAAGGAAAUCGAGACCAGACAUCAACCGAAUUUGCAAGUUUAUGUUAAAGUGCUACAAAGUUGCCCCGAAAUACACUAAAGCAGAUCUUAAACGUUGCCUAAAGGAGAAGAGCGUUUAUAAAGUUGAUUAUAAAGAUAAUGAGAGCUAUAGAAACGCUGCUAAGUGGCGAAGGAAAUCAAGCCAAAACAACAAAAUGUCAUCAGCAAUAGCAACAAGUGAACGACGUAUAAUUACCUCAGCAAUAGCCACUCUAAUCUAUCAAGAUCAGAGUUACCUGGAGAAUGGGAUUGCAUUUGAUGAACUUGUACAGGAGGCUGCUUCACAAGAAUCUAAAUACUCCAAGAAACAGUUGGAGACCAUUGUAAAUAAAGAGUUGUCUUCGGGUAGUCUUGUAAAGCUACCAAAUGGAAACUUGGCAUUGGGCCCUGCCGAUCAUGAUGGUGACAGUUCAGACAGCUUUAAAUUUGACUACAAUGUUGAGUCAAAUACUAAGAUGACUUCUUCAGCAAAUUCUUCAUGCCGAUCAUCACCCCAACGAAUGCGAGGGCGGCCAAAAAAACGCGGCGGCGGGUCCUCCAGCACUGGGCCAAGCAAUAGCAUGACUAGAAAUGCGGGCGUCCGAGUAGGUGAAAGACGAAAAAUGGCCAAAAAAGUCUUUGACCCAUCAGACAACAAUGUUCCUAGCAAACGCAAAAGAGGUAGACCGGUAGGGUCCCUCAACAAGAGCACUAUUAAAAAGCGCCUUCUAAUUACGGGGCAGGGAAACAAGGACAAAGAAGGUACACCCGUCUCUGAAAGCCAAAUGUCUUUAGACGGAAGUGGCGAUGAACUGGAGCAAGAUGAACCAUCACCCCAUGAGACUUCUGGAGGAGUUUGCUCAGUAUGCCAUAUUCAAAAAUCUCGCGGGUCCAAUGAUAGGCUUAUUGAAUGCCGAGAUUGCAAUAAUAAGGCACACUUAAACUGCCUGCAUUCAGGAUCUGGCAUAUUGAAACCUAGGCCAGAUAAUACCUGGCAAUGUCCACAUUGUAAAACCUGUGUAGUUUGCUGUGAGACUAAUGAUGCUGGAAUAUUAACAGUAUGCAGCAUAUGUUCAGAUGCAUAUCACGCGCUUUGCCACACUCCACGAAUCCCAGAGCGUCAGAAAGCGUGGGACCAAUGGGAAUGUAACAACUGCCUUGAGUCACGACCCACAGUGGUCGGCUCCCCGGCUAUCAUUCCUAGCAGCCUAGAGUACAGUAUUCGAGGAUCUCCUCCGGUCGAGCCAUUCCUAAAACCCCAUGAGUUGGACAGAUCUGAAUCUAAACUUGCGGAAGAUGUGCCUAUUGAUCCAAGGAUACCUGAUAUAACUAAUUGGACAACAGAUGAUGUAUAUGACUAUUUUAUGGAGAAUUUUGCAGAAGCUGCUCCAUUGCUAAAGGAACAGGAAUUCGAUGGACAUGCAUUGAGCAUGGCACGGCGAGCGGACAUCGUGAGAGGCUUGGGACUGCCUCUCGGUCCAGCACUCAACUUAUACCGCAUUGUAGUCAAGCUACAAACGAGGAAAGACGACUGGACAAUGUGUUGGGGUUAACUCUCUAAUACCCCCCAGGUACAACGAGCUAUAAAAUUGCAUGUGACAAUUAUGAACUCAUUCAUAAAUCGGCCAUACAAUUAUGCGGUUGGGUGUAAUCAUCAUCCAUACUGGUAAUUGACAAUAGGUAAACCGUAUUGCAGACUUACGGUGUUAUUGAUAUAAGCGCUACAAGCCUCAAUUAAUAUUAAUUGUUUGUCUUAAUCUGUCAUUAUGAGUUAUGUGCUUAUUUGUUAGAAAGCGAUAGAACAUAAAUAAAGUAAUUGAGGUUUGUAAAGUUUUAUGAAUAAGGGGGAUAAGGUCCACAGAUGGUUAUACGUCCGCCAAACAUAACGUGCCGAUGGAGGCGUACAUCACAAGGAUGCGUGGUUCAAACGUGAGCGAGAGGAAACUAGUGAGAGUCAGAAUCGCGGGUGUACCUAAAUAAAAUCAAAUGAAAAGCAUACCAUAUUUUUGUACCUAAUUUGUACUGUUUAGUACCUCGUUUAAAAAAAUUUGUACCUCACGGUACGUAAAGUUAUGAUCAAAAAACAGGUCACCCGCCAUCCUGACAGUCAGAAUGGCGGGUGUACUUUAUUACGCUAUGUUCCCGUGUUUAUUGAUAAAUUCUAUAAAAGCCAAAUUUUUGUACCUUCAUAUUCAAUUAUAAUAUGAGUCAUUUUAUUUGUGCUUUCCAAGUUUUACUCAUUUUAUAUUUUGCUUGCUAUUACAAUUUUGCAGGCGUUAUAAUUUUUCAAGUUAUCGAUUUAAUUUUUAAGAAAAAACGCUAAGGCACAAUUAUUUUUAUUACGCCAGGAUUUAGUACCUUCAAUGUUUAAUCUGUUAAGUUCAAAUAACUCAGAAAAUCAUGUCUUAAAAAUGAUUUUUCUUAGGAAGAUUUCUUUGAAUUAGCGCCUAGUCUUUUUUAACGCUAAGGUAAAAUUAUUUUUAUUACGCCAGGAUUUAGUACCUUUAAUGUUUAAUCUGUUAAGUUCUAAUAGCUCAGAAAAUCAUGUCUUAAAAAUGAUUUUUCUUAGGAAGAUUUCUUUGAAUUGGCGCCUACCCUUUUUUAAGACAUGAUUUACUGAGUUAUUUGAACUUAACAGAUUAAACAGUAAAGGUACUAAAUCCUGGCGUAAUAAAAAUAAUUGUACCUUAGCGUUUUUUCUUAAAAAUGAAAUCGAUAAUUUGAAAAAUUAUAACGCCUGCAAAAUUGUAAUAGCAAGCAAAAUAUAAAAUGAGUAAAAUUUGGAAACCAAAAAUAUAAUGACUCGUAUUAUAAUUGAAUAUGAAGGUACAAAAAAGGUACAAAAAUUUGGCUUUUAUAGAAUUUAUCAAUAACCACGGGAACAUAGCGUAAUAAAGUACACCCGCCAUUCUGACUGUCAGGAUGGCGGGUGACCUGUUUUUUGGUGAUAACUUUAAGUACCGUGAGGUACAUUUUUUUUUAAAGGAGGUACUAAAUAGUACAAAUUAGGUACAAAAAUAUGGUAUGGUCUUCAUUUAAUUUUAUUUAGGUACACCCGCCAUUCUGACUCUCACGGAAACUAGUAUAAGUGAGAGGUUUGGCUUAGUGAUUUAUGCCCACAUCGGCACGUUGUUUGGCGGACGUAUAGAUAAGUGUUUUUGUGUCUACCUUCAAAGAGAAUUAAAAAGAACAAGAGUGCUCACUCUAUACAACGGUUUUGUUACCAAAAAUACUAUUUUCGUCGUCUACAUCUACAUGAUUUUCCGCUAAUAUUAUAAUCAGAGUAAGCGGAGCUCUAUUUUCAACUACUACGCUUACUCUGGUUAUAAUAUUAGCUGAAAACGUUGAGCAUUAGACUUUUUGUUUGUAGGGACAUCUAUUGUCGAGUAGCAGUACUGAGAAUUCCGCUACUUGACGCUAGAUGUAGACUACGAAAAUAAUAGUAUUUUUGGUAACAAAAUCGUAUGGAGUGAACACUCUUCGUCUUCUUAGUUCUAUUUGCUACCUUGAAGUUUGAAUAUACGUGAUUUUCAUUUAUAUUGCUCGAUUUUAUUAUAAGCGUUGAGAUGAAGAUAAUGAAACUUGAACUUCGCCGUUUUUGCUAAGACAUGCUCAGGUUACGUACAUUAUCACGGUAGAAUACUAAACGGGGUCUGGAUUGUUUGCCAUUCAGGUAAUGGCAACUAAAAAAUAACCCCUUUGACCAAAUGACUAACUCGGCUACAACAAUGUAGUGUAGCGUUUUCGUAGGAAAUAUAAAUUGUGGUAUGAUGAGAAAUAUUUUCAGUAAUCGUAAGCUCCAAUUGAUAUAUGCUAAGUAUAUAUUUGUAUGUAAUGUCGUAAAGGCCAAACCACACCACAUGCGUAAUGGAGCACGGAUCCAGCUUGUAGCAUCGUCUGACCAAGCUAACUUUGCAUGGCAUUUGCAAUCACUAAGUGUGGCAAUGUCACAUUUUUUUGAAAGCAUGACAUUUAUAAUGACACUCCCCACUUUGCUCGCUACCGAAUCCAGUAGCCUUACAACUGCCUUGUGUCACUGACAUAUUCGCUGUCUGCGCAACUUACUUUCUAUACAUCUGGCUCGCUAAUAUGAUGCUCAUUUUUGUAUAUAUAUUAAAAUGUUACUAUUAGGAAUUUAUAAGGGAUCUCAUAACUAAAUAACAAAUGAAGCUGAGUAAGAUAAAAAAAGGGUAAUAAAACUGCCUCAUUGUUGAAAGCUAGUGAUUUUUAUUACUGUUUUAAAAAAGAAUGAAUAUACAACAACACAAUAUAAACAAUACUAAUAAAACAACACCGUGAACUGAAUAGAGAAAAGACAAUUGUCAUUUUCCAUUGUUUUACUUUAAAUAAUUAUUAUUUACUAGGCAAAUGCGAGUAAAGCUAUUUAGUUCAUAUGAGAGAUACUUAUUUAUUGGCAAUACAUGAAUCACAUGUUAAAUGGGCUAAAAGGUGUAAUUUAAACUAAAUAAGCUAUAAUUUAAAAAUCAUACUUUAAUAGCAGUAAAAGUAUUUAAUAAACAACAAUAAUCAUAAUAUUAUACUUCUAACACUAAGCCACAUUUUCAGUAAUAAAUGUAUCUAAAUAUACAGUACAAAAUAAAUAAUCAGAUUAAGGUACUUAUCUCUGUCCGUGGCGCUGGUAGCACAACAAGUGACCGCUCGCCAGCGAGCAUCAUCCUCUUAUACCUGGUUCAGGUAAAUGGCAUGAUCUACUCGUUUCUUCGCCUACCGACAUUAUGCCGUAUUUUAAAUGUUUGAAUAAAAUGUACCUUAAAAUGCGAUUUCAUAAUGGCAAAUCCAACACGAGCAUAGUAUGACUUCUCUCAAAUGAUUAUUACGCAUUAUCUGUUAAAGCCGUUUAUUUUGUACGAGCGGUGGGCUCCCGUUUUAAGCGCGUGCAAAAGCAACAAUGUCGUUUAAAAAGCGGCUGUACGGUGGUGGUUUUAAGGUUCUAAUCUAUGUACAUGUUUUGAUAAUGUAGGACGAUUGACCACGUCAAUGUAGGCUACCGCUCAUAUUAUUACAUACUUUUGUAGGAGUAAAAAUCAUUUGAGAAAAUUCAUACUUACGAGCGAGAUGCAUAGAAAGUAAGUUACGCACACGCUAGCCAAUAUGUCAGUGUCAAAGUGGUGGUGGCCGUACGGUCAUUUUUUGCAGCAUACGGGAAACGUGCGCAGUGCAGUUAUACCGAAACAAGUUUUUCUCAAUUGUAUUUGCAAAUGUAAUAUGAACUUCUAUAUUUUGGUAUUUAUGUACAUAGUAAUACAGGCUAAGUGUGUUAUAGGUACAUGGUGAUUGACACCCGCUGAGUAAUUUAUUAUACUGCCCUUAAAGUAAAUAAUUAAAUACAUCCUGUAUCAUUAUCAAACAUUGUAAAAAGUGAUUUUGUACUUUUUUGUCAAUAUUGCAAUAAAAUGUUACAAAUGAUGAAAGCCAUUUA